ACACGAUAGCUGCGGCUACGUCAAGACGGCCAAAACUGCUUGCUCUCCCGACGCGAUGCUUUUCAUGGUAGCUCACCAACAGGGAAACCAAAACUGUUGUUUAAACAGCGCGUGCUCGCGAGGCACACUCCUGAGUUAGCAAUGAUAGGUCGCAUUUUGCAAUGGAAAGUCAUACUUAGCUUUUGCAUCGUCAUCAGCUUUGUGUCCGUUUACCUCAGGUUUGAAAACAAGCUUGCACUGCUCGAGUCGUCACGCUUAAAACUGACGGACACUGUUGGUCGGCUACAGCUAUUUUAUCUCAAUGAACGGCUGCAUGACUUCCCACCCGUGCAAGAGAGCCGCACAGAUGCGCCUUUGGAUGACUUUGGGUUACCUGAGAAGACAAUGGACAAUCUUGUCAUUUUGUACAACCGGGUUCCCAAGACUGGCAGCACCAGCUUUAUGGGUGUUGCAUAUGAUUUGUGCGCUACAAACAAGUUUCAUGUGCUCCACUUGAACACAUCUAAGAACAUGCACGUCAUGUCACUCCCAGAUCAGAUUAGGUUUGUCUACAAUAUUUCCCUGUGGCAUUACAUGAAGCCUGCUAUUUACCAUGGGCACAUCGCAUUCCUCAACUUUGCUAAGUAUGGGGUCAUCCAGAGGCCUGUCUACAUCAAUCUCAUCAGGCGGCCUCUAGAUCGUCUCGUCUCAUAUUUCUAUUUUCUCAGGCAUGGAGACGACUUCAGGCCUUACUUGGUUCGCCGAAGACAAGGCAACAAGAUGACUUUUGAUGAAUGCGUUGCCAAGAAAGGGCCUGACUGUGCCGAAGAACGGCUAUGGCUUCAAGUGCCAUUCUUCUGUGGGCAUGCUGCAAGGUGCUGGAUUCCGGGAAACCCAUGGGCCUUGGAGCAGGCAAAGCACAAUCUCGUGAACCACUAUUUCCUUGUCGGGCUGACGGAACAGCUGCCGGAAUUUGUGGCCAUGCUUGAGGCGUCCUUUCCUCGUAUAUUCAAGGGAGCCACCGACAAGUUUAUUACAG